AUGGCCAACACCAAACCAUCCACGACUCCGCACACUCCCUCUCGAAGACGCCCUGGAACAGCGAGGAAGAUCCAGCGCGGUCGUAGUACCUCCUCCGCGACUGUGGCCCCGUCUUCGUCUAGCGGUAGUCCCAAGUCGGGUUUGGUCGCUAAGAAGACCACCACUCAAACACCGACCCCGAAGCGCCGUUUCUUCCGCCGUCGCUGCCUCAGCCAUCCCGACGCCAAACCGAUCCGCCGCACAGUCCGUAAAACUAACCAUAACUUCGGCCGCGUUUUCUACGUCUGCAACGUUCCGGGUUGCAGCCCACGCACAAGCUUUGUGGGAUGAGGACCGAAUGAUAAAGUCGGAAUCGACGAUAAGAACGAGAAGUGUCAUUGCGGAUUGCCGUCGAGGAAGCAGGUGGACAAGAAUGGGGAUGAGCACUUCGAUGCGCUAAUCCCGAGAAGAAUUAUGGGUUUUUCAAUUGGGAGUGUGGAGUGAGGGUGGUGUUUGAAAGCUUUCCGGUUGGUAUUGACGUAGAUGAGGGGUAUUUGGGGCAUGAGGGAAAUGAGGAGUGGGAUUCUGCAAAUGAUUGGUGCUGAGGACUGCGCUGCGUGUUCAUUGGGACACCAAAUGGGACUGACUGAAGG